ACAUAAUUACACCAAUCAAUAAUUAAUUAAUCCUUUCAAAAUUACAGUAAGUGAAAAAGAGAAAAUAAGAUCGUACGCAAGAAUGUCAGGUCUAAAACGAAUUGAAGUAUUUCUCUUUGCUGGGGUCCUGUGCUUGUUGUGUCUCCCCGGCGUCGCCCGCGCUACAGCCCCUGAAUUCUUUGUCGUGGGAGAGGUGUACUGCGAGGUCUGCCGCCUCAAUUUUAUUAACAAACUCAGUGAGCCUAUGCCAGGGGCAAAGGUGAAAUUGGAAUGCAAAGGUGAGGAAGCAGGGAACAUAACAUACACACAAGAAGGCGAAACGAAUGAAGGGGGACAAUAUCGAUUGAAGGUGGAGGGCGAUCACGAGGAAGAGGAAUGCGGGAUCACGCUGGUGAAGAGCAGCAGGGCGGACUGCAAUGAGAUCCCAGACGAGGGGUGGGCGAGCAAGCCAUCCUCACUAAUCACACUCACCAAGAACAAUGGGUUUCAUGGGAGCUCACGCUACGCCAAUCCUCUUGGCUUCACCAAAAAGAAAGCCAACCCCGAGUGCGCAGAACUCAUCAAGGAGCUCGAAAUCAAUCCUGAUCAUCCUUAGAUUCUCUUAAUAAUUCCAUUGAUUACAUGGAAAAAUUUUGUUCCUGUUUAUUUCGAUGGAGUCUUUAGAGAAGUGCGUACCUGUCCUCAUUUUUUGUUUUAUAGUUCGAAAGUUGGAUGAUUGGUUUAGUGUAGAUUUUGUGUAAGUUAUGUUUGAGAGGUCUAUGUACGAAUAUGAUGCAGUUCAUAGACUUUUAUGAUGAAUAAUAAAAACAUCACAUUUAUUUUUCUCAAUCA